AUUCUAUUGACCUUGAUAUUUAUUUUCCUUCAUCAUAUCGCGAAAUUGUUCAUCGUCGCACAGGAUUAGAACUUCUGGAAAAACGCAGAAAGGUCACGCGUAGUGAAACAACAAACAAUGGCAAACGCACUAGUGCGUAUUAAUUGUAUGCCAAAGCAGCAAUUAGUUGCGCUUGUUCCAGCAGCUUUGCGCAACACUGCGGUCGUGGCUGGCGGUAGCAACAACAAGCAGCAGGUGCGCCUCCAGUCAGCCCAAGCAUCGGCACCACCGCCACAGACGAGAACCAAGUUCGGUGGAUUGGCCGACCAGGACCGUAUUUUCACCAAUCUGUACGGUCGGCAUGAUUGGCGCUUGAAGGGCGCGCUCAAGCGCGGCGAUUGGUACAAGACGAAGGAAAUCCUGCUGAAAGGCACGGAUUGGAUUUUGAAUGAAAUUAAAGUAUCGGGCUUGCGUGGCCGCGGAGGUGCCGGAUUUCCUACGGGCAUGAAAUGGUCCUUCAUGAACAAACCUUCUGAUGGCCGUCCGAAGUAUCUGGUCGUGAAUGCUGACGAGGGCGAACCGGGAACGUGCAAGGAUCGUGAAAUUAUGCGUCACGAUCCGCACAAGCUGAUCGAGGGUUGUCUCAUCGCUGGUCGUGCAAUGGGAGCUCGUGCUGCUUACAUUUACAUUCGUGGAGAAUUCUACAACGAAGCCUCGAACAUGCAGCUGGCUAUCGCUGAAGCUUAUCAGGCAGGUUUAAUUGGCAAGAACGCUUGUGGUUCCGGGUAUGACUUUGAUGUCUUUAUGCACCGUGGUGCCGGAGCGUACAUCUGUGGUGAGGAAACGGCGCUCAUCGAAUCGCUAGAGGGCAAGCAGGGAAAACCGCGCCUAAAGCCGCCAUUCCCAGCCGAUGUCGGUGUGUUCGGCUGUCCGACGACAGUGUCGAACGUGGAAACGGUAGCUGUAGCUCCGACUAUCUGUCGUCGAGGUGGCGUUUGGUUUGCCAGUUUCGGUCGCACGCGUAACUCCGGCACGAAGCUGUUUAACAUCUCCGGUCACGUUAACACACCGUGCACAGUCGAGGAGGAGAUGUCGAUUCCGCUGAAGGAACUGAUCGAACGUCAUGCCGGUGGCAUUCGGGGUGGCUGGGACAAUCUGCUGGGAAUUAUUCCCGGUGGUUCCUCGACGCCCGUCAUCCCGAAGUCGGUAUGUGAGGAUGUGUUGAUGGACUUUGAUGGUCUAGUACAAGCACAGACCUCGCUGGGUACGGCCGCCAUCAUUGUGAUGGAUAAAUCGACGGACAUCAUUAAAGCUAUCUCGCGUCUGAUUAUGUUCUACAAGCACGAAAGCUGCGGUCAAUGCACACCAUGCCGCGAGGGAAUUGCGUGGAUGAACAAGAUUAUGCAUCGUUUCGUGGAUGGAAAUGCACGUCCGACCGAGAUCGAUAUGCUGUGGGAAAUUUCCAAACAGAUCGAAGGACACACUAUCUGUGCGUUGGGUGAUGGUGCUGCUUGGCCAGUUCAAGGCCUAAUUCGACACUUCCGCCCAGAAAUUGAGUCUAGGAUGAAGCAGUACGAGCAGAAGCAGGCCGCUGGUAAGAACUAAUAACGACAAAAUUAACUCGCGCACUCGUCGAUAUGAAUGACGCUGCUGUAGUAAUUGGAUU